AUGACAUCAGUCAACAUCACUGAAGACCUAUGCAAGAUAUGUGAUGGUAGAAUAGAGUGCGCACCUACAGCUAUCUUGCUCAUCUCCCUGGUUCAUACCUUAUACGGACAUAUUGCCCCUGAACCUGAUUACUUUGGAAAGAAUAAAGAAGCUUUACUCAGGUCACAGGACAGUCCUGCAAAUGAAGAUUAUAUUAUUCCUAAGUACAGACCCUACGGCUACUUCGACAAGGUAAAAGAAGAGCAAAAGAAUAUUAAAAUUGAAGAUAAUGAUAACCAGUUGGCCGAAUACGACUUCAUUGUGGUUGGUGGUGGUACAGCAGGUUGUGUGAUCGCCAGCAGACUGUCGGAGAAUAGAAAGUGGAAGGUUUUAUUGAUUGAAGCGGGUCCUGAGGAGCCGAAGAUUGCAUCUAUUCCUAGCUUGACCAGUGAGUUUAGAGGCUCUGCACUGGACUGGCAGUACAGCAUGAGGCCAAAAAAGGGAUUUUGUCAAAAUCGACUCGAUAAGGGCUGCGAAGUGGUCCAAGGAAGAGUUUUAGGAGGGACAUCUACCAUAAACGAUAUGGCCUAUAUGAGAGGCAGUCCUGCAGACUAUGAUGAAUGGGCUAUCAAUGGUAAUCAGGGUUGGAGUUUCUCCGAAGUUCUCCCGUACUUUAAAUACUCUGAAGGCAACUAUGACAGAGAUAUAUAUAAAAAUAAAUUCUUCCAUUCAACACAAGGACCGUUGGAUAUAGGACGUUAUCCAUACGUAGAUGAUAAUGUUGACGUUUUGUUAAGUGCUUUCAAUGAACUCGGUUACAAUUAUACAGACAUCAAUGGUAGAAAUCAGCUUGGUUUCAUGAGAAUACAAACUAUGUCUUAUUUUGGUGAGAGAGUAAGUGCAUUUACCGCUUUUAUUGAACCUGUUAGAAAAUUAAGGUCUAACCUUGUCAUUAUUACAGAAGCAUUAGUUACUAAAAUUGCAUUUCAAGAGCAUAGACAAGCUAUUAAAGCAUUAGGUAUUGAGUAUAUUCAAAAUGGUACAAAAGUAAGAAUAAGAGCGAAAAAAGAAGUUAUAGUUACAGCUGGUGCAAUCAAUUCGCCUAAACUAUUGAUGCAAUCUGGAAUAGGAUCAAAAGAGUACUUAGAAUAUUUAAAUAUUAAAUCUGUUUAUGAUCUCCCCGUUGGAGCUAAUUUUCAAGAUCAUCUUUCAGUUUGUCUACCAGUAAUAAAAUUAAAAAAGACGUCAACAUUGCAGAAGUUUCCAGACAAAUUAAAAGAUAUCACAACAUAUUAUUCAAAGGGUAUUGGCCCACUUUCGGCCAAUUUUCAGGUAGUUGCAUAUAUUGAAACAAAUUUAUCUGAUAUAUUGGGAACUCCUGAUAUAGAAGUAAGAUUCAAAGGGCAUAAUUCUAAUAUGUAUUAUGAUAAGAUCGAUAUAUGUUUAUCUCUUCUAACUCCAAAGAGUAGAGGGCAAGUCGUUUUGAAUGCAAGUGAUCCUGUCUUUGGAAAACCUCUCAUUUAUCCCAAUUUUCUCAAAGAUCCCACAGACGAAAAGAAACUGUUAGAAGGCAUACAAGAAAUUACGAAACUUUUUGAUACAGAUGUGUUUAAGAGUGCUGAUUUCGAAUUCGAUCCACGACCAAUAUUAAACAACGAGUGUAAAAAUCAUGAAAAGGUUUCUCAAGAAUUUUGGUCUUGUAUCAUUAGACACUUCACAAGUCCAUUACAUAACUAUGCAGGGACAUGUAAAAUGGGAUCUACUAAAGACCCAGACUCAGUAGUUGAUCACGACCUAAAAGUUUAUGGGACUACUAAUUUAAGAGUAGCUGACGCGUCAAUAAUGCCGAAAAUUACACGAGGAUCCACAGCAGCUCCAGUUAUAAUGAUAGCGGAAAAAGCGAGCGAUUUAAUAAAAACAACUUGGUACUGA